AUGAUGCUCGAUCUGAAGCAGAUUGCGGCCGUCCUCCUGGCUUCGGCCUCUGUGGCCCACGCCGCCGUUCAAGGCUUUGAUAUCUCCCACUACCAGGCCAACGCCACCGAGAGCACCACCUACACCGACCCUUCCUUCUCCAGCCACUACACCGGUGCCACAAAUGCUGGUUUCAUUCGCGGUGGCUACCACUUUGCCGUUCCUAAUGACAGCAGCGGCGCCGCCCAGGCCAAGUACUUCCUUGCUCACGGUGGAGGCUGGUCAAACGACGGCAUCACCCUUCCCGGUAUGCUCGACAUCGAGUACAACCCCUAUGGCGCCACAUGUUACGGACUUAGCGCCUCUCAGAUGGCCUCUUGGAUUUCCGACUUUGUCAACACCUACAAGAGCAGCACCGGUCGGUAUCCGAUGAUCUAUACCACCGCUGACUGGUGGAACACCUGCACGGGCAACAGCAAAUCUUUCACUGAGUGUCCCCUGGUGCUGGCUAGGUACUCCAGCUCUGUGGGCACCAUUCCGGGCGGAUGGCUGUACCAGUCGUUCUGGCAGAACUCGGAUAGCUAUACCUAUGAGAAGGACGCUUUAGUCCAUAAUGAGGUCCAUGGAGUGCAUGGGGAGAUUGUGCACCUGGCUCAAUACUUCGAUCUUUCUUAUAGUCCUGGAGACAGUCCUAGGUGUUAG